AUGCUGGAGGAUGCGACUCCGCGCGCGCAGCUCCAUCUUCAACGCAUCCUGAACGAAUUCCGAGAACACCUCAACGGACCCACGGCGAGGGCGAGGUCUUCCACGGGCCGAAGCUCCCCACUUCGACACGCGGCGGCAGCGAGAGUUCCCGCCCUUGUGGGGUCACCAAGUGGUUCUUCCGCGCAACCCGCUGAUGCGCAUAACUGCCACUUCGCAGCGGGUGUGGUUUUGCAGCAAAGGAGCCGCAGCGCCGGUCACGCUGCAGCAGCAAAGGGGAGUGUGUCACCGCCUCGUCGCAAGCCUGCAACACUGCCCACGUACGUGAGGCCAGCCCCGUACCUUGUUGACGCCCCGGCGACUUCGCCGGAGCACGAUGCGCCGCGUCGUGAGACACACAAGCAAAGUGCAACUGUGCCGAUACAACGCCUUGCUCGUGUAGGCAGAGUUAGGGCGAUGGUGGCGCGGGAAUCCGCUUCAAGGGAGACGAGGGCAGGAGAUGUCAUCGUGCGAGAAGGUUCCGGCGAGCUCGCAAAGGCCAAAAAACUUUGCGUUCGUCAAAUAGAGUCUGAGGAGAUGUUUUACAGGCAGUUUAUUUGUAAAGUAGUUGACGCCUACACUGAGGUGUUGUGGCACGUCAAGCGCUGCGGGGAAGAGGCGGCCAAGCAAUCAAUGGAAUUAACAGACAUGGUGGCGCGGGUUGUUCGGUUUGCGAGCACAUCCACUGAAGAAGUUCUUCAGGAUCGUGAAGAGCACUUGAGCCGCGUCAUGAAACCCGCCUCAAGUGAGCCGCUGAUGGACUUCAAGGAGGCACUACGUAGCUUGCAGCGCUUGCCGACCAUCUUGGCUGCCAAUUACAGUCACCUGGUGUCCACCGCCCACGGCACCGCUGAGGCAGAAUAUCCAACGAAUCUCGCCUCCGCACCGCCGCCCCUUCCACAACAACCACUGCAGCAACAGCAACCACAAAAUACGACUGCGCAUGACGCAAAUUUGUUUGUUCGAAGACCAUCUUCUCUCCUCUCGCGUCGCGGAAGCCUGCAGGCGAUGGCUUCUCUAUCGUAUCCCUCACGUGGUGGAUUCGUGAGCCCCUACGCGGGGUUGUUAACGAAUGAAAGUCUUGAUUGUGUUGAUGAUACUCGCUCAACCUCGACACCUGUAGCGAAUAUGGUGAUGCCUCAGAGAGGGCGUGAUGUGGACCCGGCGUGGGUAGUGGAGGACCUUCAGGAAGAGAAUGUGUAUUGGCAAGAGGAGGCUCUACGGGCGGCGCUAGAAGCGGAGAGAUACUCGCAGAUGCUGCACACGGUACUUACUUUGCCUCCCGAAAGUCCGCCUAAUGAGAGGAAUGACGUGGCGCCCAGGCGGAUGUCCAUCACUGCCACGGGAUCGCCAUCCCAGAAGGUACUUCUGCAGCGCCUCUUUAUACGACUAAUUCUGGAAAAGGAGGAGGGGGAGCGGGGCAGAAUAGAGUCGCGGGAGGCGCAAGAGUGGUGGCUGCUUUGGUUUGCUGCAAAGGAUGCCGUGACGCAUAGGCCUGGCACGUCGAAAGAGAACGGAAAGGCCGUCAACAACCACCACCAAAAGGAGGAGGAGUUAGGAAAGGAAGGGGCUCAUAAUGGCAGUAGAAGUCCGCCUGAGGAGGCGAGUGACGCCACGCACAGUUGA